AUGUAAUAUUAUCUUUUUUAUUUAUUUUCUGAAUAAUAAAUCUCCAUUUAAUUUUCUCUCUGCCCAAAUUCUCGACAAUCCCAGAUCUCCGUAAAUUGCCUUCGUGGAGAUUGAUUAUCGUGUUUAAGACCAAGUCAACUAAGAAUGGCCGAAAAAGACACACCAGCUGACAGCAACAUUUCCUCUGUCGACAACAUCGUACCUUCAGAAACCGAAACCGAAACAUCAAUUGAUGCACUGGCGAAAAAGGUCCAAGAAUCGCUCUCACUUUCAAAGAGGCACAAAUUCUGGGAAACCCAACCGGUGGGCCAGUUCAAAGAUCUCGGUGACUCUAGCCUAACCGAAGGCCCAAUCGAACCACCCACACCGAUUUCCGAAGUCAAACAAGAACCCUACAAUCUCCCAUCUCCAUACGAAUGGAUCACAUGCGAUCUAGACUCCGAGGAAGUCUGCAGCGAGGUGUACACUUUACUGACGAACAACUACGUUGAAGAUGACGAGAACAUGUUCCGAUUCAACUACUCGAAGGAGUUUCUCCGGUGGGCCCUACGCCCACCAGGCUACUUCCGAAGCUGGCACAUCGGAGUGCGUGCAAAGAGCUCUAAAAAGCUGGUUGCUUUCAUUACAGGAAUCCCCGCAAAAAUCCGGGCCCGAAACGAGGUUGUAAUGAUGGCGGAGGUGAAUUUCUUGUGCGUUCACAAGAAGCUCCGUUCGAAGAGACUCGCACCUGUAAUGAUCAAAGAAGUUACUAGAAGGGUCCAUCUCGAGAAUAUAUGGCAGGCUGCUUAUACUGCUGGUGUUGUUCUGCCUACACCGAUAACCACUUGUCAGUACUGGCACAGGUCUUUGAACCCUAAGAAGCUAAUCGAUGUAGGGUUUUCGAGGCUCGGUGCAAGAAUGACUAUGAGCCGUACGAUUAAGCUGUACAAGUUGCCAGAUCAGACAGCAACUCCUGGAUUUAGAAAAAUGGAGCCGCACGAUGUACCUGCGGUGACUCGUUUGCUCAGGAAUUAUUUGAACCAAUUUGUGGUUGCGCCCGAUUUUGACGAGGAUGACGUGGAGCAUUGGCUUCUGCCGAAGGAAGAUGUUGUGGAUAGUUACUUGGUUGAAAGUCCAGAAAGCCAUGAGAUAACCGACUUCUGCAGCUUUUAUACACUUCCGUCUUCGAUACUUGGUAGCCAAAGCCACUCGAUUUUGAAGGCUGCUUAUUCUUAUUAUAAUGUUUCGACCAAGACCCCUUUGCUUCAACUGAUGAACGAUGCUCUAGUUGUUGCUAAGAAGAAGGAUUUCGAUGUUUUCAAUGCGUUGGAUGUAAUGCAGAACGAGACUUUCUUGAAGGAGCUGAAAUUUGGGCCGGGUGAUGGGAAGCUUCACUACUAUCUCUACAACUAUCGGUUGAAGCACGUUUUGCGAGCAUCGGAGCUUGGGCUUGUACUCUUAUAAUUAUUUGGAGCUCUUUCUUACUUCAUGAGAAAUCUAUCCUUAUCUAAACUUUGCUUAUUUGGUUUAGUGUUUAGAAUUGGUUCGAAACCAAGAAAUUGGAUGAAUUUUUUGGCUUAACUUUGCAUCGAACUUUUUCCGGCACCUUUUUCUUUUAUCUUAUCUUGUGUUGUCUUGAAAGUGUCAUACUGUUGUUAGAUUAAUAUCGGAAGCGGCUUUUGUUUUUCGUUAA